AUGGACUCAAACAUAUUGAAAACAAAUUCUUCUUAUUUGUACCAUCUGGGAAAAUUUCUGGAGCCUGCGGUUGGGUACAAUUCCCACUGGCUACUGUGCUGGCGGGCUACAUUGCACGGCUGGGAUGUCGAAAAACAGUUUCACAAACGCUGCGAUGGAAAAAGUGACACAGUUACCAUAAUAAAAAAGGGCAAAUACGUUUUUGGAGGUUACACAGACAUUCCUUGGGGUAAGAAUAUUGCUUGCUCAGUUUAAAACCAAAUAGCAAUAAAACGUAAAGUUGAGCCAGACCAGUCUUCCUAACUAUUUUUAUUGCUGUAAGAACUAGGGAGGCUGGUUGUUACGUAUUAACGAUUCUGUAAAAUUGCGGAUAUGUUAAAUAUCUAUCCUCCCGGUUCCUGGCGAGAAAAUACAUGGACCAUAGUAUUAACUCAAUACUAUGUCUUCUACACAGGCCACCAAACUGUGACACCCACGGGCAUUUUUGUCUGAUUUUUGGCAACAUAGCUACUCUCACCAACUCGAGUACGCUGAUUUCGAAAAUUGCUGUUGCCAAGCUCAAGCUUGUGUUAAGGUGGAGUUUUAGGGUAUUCCCUUAUGACCUCACUGUCUAAAUAAGAAGUUUUCUUUCCUUUCCCAAUUUUAAAUUUAAUAGACCCAGAAAUGGUUUCAAAGGGCUCUAAGUAUAUUUUAAAGACCAUUUAGAGAAUUUAUAUAACGCUGUUUCUGCGAAUUUCGAGGGGUCACAUGACAAUUGACCACACCCUUUGAUAUAAAAUUCACACAAUUAUGGCUAAAGAUGUGAUAUUUAUCGCGAUACUUUCAUAAAGAUAAUGAAAUUUAAUAGAUCCAGAAGUUGUUUCAAAGAGUUCUACGUAUAUUUUAAAGACCAUUUUAGAGAAUUUAUAAAACGCUGUUUCGGCGUUACAUGACAAUUGACCACACUCUUUGAUAUAAAAUUCACACAAUUAUGGCUAAAGAUGUGAUAUUUUUCGUAAUAAUUUUAUUGAGAUAAUUAAAAAGUAUAUUAAAAUAAGCCAUUCUUUGAUUGCACGUGCUCUUCUUGACAAUUAUUGCAAAACCUUCCCAUUCCUGCACUUUUCCUCUCACUAAAUAAGUUACAAGACCAAGGCAACUUCGAAAUUCAAGUAAGUUCACAUAGUUUAGGAUAGCUGGACUGCUUAAUAAAAUGUAGGUGCAUGGAGACAUCUAAAAAGAAAAAGAGCUGCAGCGAUUCUCUCAGUACAGACGCUGAGGAGUGGCUUUCCACAAGCACCGAUGAGAGAUGUGCAAAGCUGCUAGAAGCGCAAAGGCACGGAAAAGAAUUUUUGAUGAACAAAAUAAAGAGACAAUAAAAAAGAAAGCGUAAGAGAUGUAACCACUCCUAGGGCUUUCCACAAGUUGCCCGGCAACUUUUUGGCAACUUCUCGUUCUUCGAGCAACUUCUCGAGUUAUCUUCUAAUUCUGAGAUAUCGGAGCAGCUUUUAGUGCUUCAAAUUGGCCUUUCUUCCAUAUUUCACAAUGUUUAAAUAAACAAUUUCUGAAUUUCCUAUAAAAAAAGAAGCCAAAUCCUCCCUCUUGGGGCAGAUCAUGGGCGCAAGAUAAAAGUAGCCGGGCUGCUAGGUCAGCUGUUUUUAGAGAAAAUUCAUAAUGGUGGACAAAGAUUCACACUCGACUGACUUGUGUCUCGGGUGAAGAAGGUCAUUCAACAUUUGUAUUGGCUCAUUAGACUUCCUGGUUUUUAUCUAGGACAAAGUUAUUUAGCAACGCUGGUUACGCCGCAAAAUUGAACAAAAUGCUUAGAAAUCUUACUUUUGUUGUACAAGUUGCAUAUUUUUCGAGCAACUUUUGAGGAACUUUUGUUUGUUUUUUGAGCAACUUUUUUGAGAAAUACGGGAAACUUUUUGAAAAAUCUCGAGCAGCUUGUGGAAAGCCUAACCACUCAUGACUCACUUCGUCUCACAAUGGCACAGAAAUUUGUUAUCGUGACUUCAUACACAAAGUGAAAAUUGAGCUUCUGAAGGAAAAGCUAUAUGUUAAAUAGGCACCUUACGAUCCGACGACGGCGACGGCAACGGGAACGCCACAAAAGCAAUAGGUUUAAUUAGCAAAACAACAAUUCUGCACGUGAAUCGCGCUUUUUUGUACAUUUCUUUGCCGUCACUGCACGACUACGACGUGAAAAUGUUUAAUUUCACGAUGUACAGAGGAAGUACACAAGCGACGUCGAAAUUUCCUCUCUCUUUCUGAACUUGGAUAUGGUUCUUAGGAAUUCAACUUUAGGAGGGUUCGCCUACAUUUGACAAAGUGAGUGACUUGGAGUAAUCUCGAUGAAGAUUGAAAGAACGCGAAUUCACUUUUUUCAGCGACGUUUUACCUGCCGUCGCCGUCCUAGGGUCUUAAGGUCCCUAAUAAUACCCCCCUAACACAGAACAAAAGUAUUUCUUUUGACAACGAGGCGGCCUCCACUUCAUUAAAAGGGCAAGUAGCACGAAGUAGUAGGAGAAGUGUCGCACCUGUACAAUGGAGUCUUUCUGUACUUUGCCAAAAAUCCGAAAACACCGAGAGCUGCUCAAAUCAUUUACAUCAUUCAAUGUAAGCAAUUCAGUUCCAGCAAUUGAAUCAUCUUAUCUGGAUAUGAACUGAAUUUCAGACGAUUACUUCGAGUUGUUUUUACUUCCUCAGUAGGGUCAGAAUCGACUGGCCGCUAAUACCGUCCAGUGACACCGGCAAACAAAGAAAUAUCGUUGGAAAUGUCUACAUGAUACAGAAGUGCUUUACUCUUUUUGAAUGUAAUUCAUAUUUAUCGUUUAAACUGUCAACUGCAUGCAGUACUCUGAACGAAGUCUGUUGUACGUUUAAUUCAAUACUCAAACUCGAUCGCAAUCACGCAGAUAAAACAAGCUCAUUAAAAUACACACACGGAACACUUCAAAAACACAACGAUUUGCUUUAAAAAAAAGAAGCUAUUUGGUGCUUAACGAAGAAGGAAAAAAAGCAAGAAAAAAAAGUUAAACAGAAUCAUUACACUUGAAGGUGGAAAUUACAAGACUUAAAUCCCAGAAAUUUUCGCUUUCGAAUUUUUUUAACUCCACGCAAGCAUGCCAGGCAUCUGACCCGGCAAUCCCGCUAAAAUUUCUCAUAACUAUACAUAAUUCUGCGAAUGUUUGGACAAGAAUCAACCAAUCAAACACUACCCGGUUUUCGGGUAGUGACGUCACACUGGACGGGAUUAGCGGCCGGUCGAUUCAGACGUUGCUAAAAGAGUAAAAAAGGACUCGAAGUAAUCGUCUGAAAUUCAGGCUAAUCUGGAUAAUGCAAUAAAAUUCCGCCUAGCUGAGGUCAGCGAUCUCAUUGCUGCAAAAGGGCCGGGAAGGUACAAAAAGUGUCUGAGCGCUUAGUACCAGACUGGCAAAAAGAAAGAGGAAUCUCAACAGGCAGUUAUCGUUAUGAUUUUAUCUGCUUUGAGCUCGGCCACUAUACUGCAGUGCGUAACCAAAUACUCCAGCUAUCUGACGUAUCGCCGGGAUAUAAUAAGCUAGAGCCCAAAAAACCAAUACAAACAUACCGCAGUCAUCUAUCAACAGGAAAGCAUCAUGAGAAAAGUUGGAGACUUGUUCGAAUUCUUAAGCACUGAUACGGGGGAUUACAUCAUACAAGUUAUGAUGUACGCUCCUAGUUACUCAACGCUGUUAGUAGAUCUACUGCACAAGGAGGGCCAUAUACAGCUACGACAGGCAAAUCCUCAAUUUGGACACCUCAAUGGGGCAAGAUACAGUCUGUUCUUGAAAGAGAUAAACGGCACCGUUGUCCUAACUGGUUCUAAACCCGUACAACUUCCUGAUGCAGUUCACUGCUAAUAACAUUGACAUCAACCAUUCGUUACUAGGUGCAAAGGACACUUUCCACGCAACACAGGUACCUGGUUGACAAAGAGGCCCAAAUAAAACAAAGCAUUUAGCAAGCUUGAGGCCCAAAGUGAAUUGUGAAAUUACUAGGAUUCAACAUUGCACAAGAAAAACAAAAAGUUGUAUAUGUAUUCCUAAGCACAUUACAAAAAAAAUGAUGGCUGUCUUUACACUAGGCUGUUAAGUAAGACAUAAGAGCUGCUAAGUUUUACUUAACCAAAAAUUCGUGUGUGAAGGCCUAAGUAAAAUCUCAAGUAACUUUACUUUGCAUCUCAUUAAAGUCGGAAAGUUGAAACGAUUCAAGAAAGUUUCAAGCGACUUGAAAAGCAUCCUUAAAACCGACUUAGCUGACUUGCGGUUACUUGCGGUUUCUUGGAGUGCUUACCAUUUGACAGAAGAAUCUGGCUUGGGUGUCGAAAGCAUAAUGGUAAGCGAUUUACCAGUUUACCGUAGAGUUGCCACAUCCGUUAAGGUUUGAAUCCAAAAAGGGAGCGAAUGUGUCUGGAACCCAGAAAUUGGUAGAUGGUAAGCAACAUUGCGUUUGGUUUGUACCAACUGGAAUGAACGGACUACCUCAAAACGUACUCCUCAAUUUUUGGUUGGAAUUUCCGAAAAGUGACCUUACCAUUUACCAUCCAUCCGGAAUUUCCGAAAUUUUCUGUCAAAUGGUAAGCACCCUCGAGGUUUGAGAAAGGCGAAACACGUCAAUCAAUCGUAAUUACGUUGCGCGGGAAAAUAGCCUUAAGUUAACCUGAAGUAAAAAAGAAUCGGUUGUGUGUGAGGCUUUAUUUUGCUUGAAGUAAUUAAAAUUUGCUGCUCUUGAAAUAUUUCUUAGCUUAUUUAGGCUCUAGUGUAAAGACUACCAUUGUGAUAAAUAUACAUCUGAUAAGGUGAUUUUUCUAUAAGAGGGCGUGGCCAAGUGUCACGUGAUGGCUGUAUGUUAAUAUAAGCAGCGUAAAAACAGUCAGAAAUUCUUAGAAUAUAAUUUUUAAAACACUAAUAACGCUUUAAAAGAAUUUCUGUCUCCUUUAAAUUUGAAAUUGCUAAAGGAGAGAAAACCCCUCAUUUGGACAAUGACGUCAUAGUGAAAAUCCCCAAACUCCACCUUAACACAAGAACUGAGUUUGGCAACAAUAAUUUUCUAAAUCAGCGUACUCAAGCUAGUAAGAAUACCUAUGUUGCCAAAAUCAGACAUAAAUGCCUGUGGGUGUCACAUUUUGGUUUCCUGUGUACCCGACCAGAGUAUACCCGCGCAAAAAAGUGAAAACUACCGUAUUAUAAUAACUCAAAGCAAUUUUUGCGGUAAAAUCCUUUAUAAUUACCUGACGGGAUACCCGUCGAAUGGAGUAUAUUAGAUACGUCGUCUUUACCCGCGGCGUUCUUCACCAUCAGUAGGCCAUGUCUGAUUACAGGGUUAUUAAUUCUUUCAUUUAAGUCCAAUUCUUAUUUCCUCAGUGGCACUUACCAAGGUAACAUGUAAAUUUAGCGAGGCCUAAAAACAAAGCUCUCAUUUGAUCUUUUAAGUAAUGCCUUUGAAGAAAGCUGUAAACCUGAGGCUUCGAUACGGACAGUUGUUAGCGGAUACCCUAUUUUGACAAGUGGAUGUCUAAUAUCAAGUUAAUCACAAAUCGAAUAUACCUUAGAUUAACGCUUAUAAUAAGUGAGUGUGACAUUUUACAUGCGCUAAUAUGAAAGGGCGGACUUAAGGACGGAAGAUUGAUUCACAAUUAAAAUUUCUUGAAUGCAUAGAUAACCAAAUUUUAUUAUCCAUAGUGCCCGGCUGCUUGUUUUUCGCGAGCACGAUAGCCCCGCCGUUAUACCUAAUGUUUACCUACAAUCCUUGUCAAAUUACGUUGGGACACCCCGUGCUGUACCCAUUUCCUGACAAAAAAAAUGUGCUCCUUCCCUCCCAGUGUUGUUGUUGCGUUUUCUGCUUCUGUCAUUCCAACUUGCAAAAUCCAACAUUAAGGGGGUAGAAAAUACCACUACUGUCCCAGCUAUUGUGACGAGUGUUGUAGGUAUGUCAAUUCUUGUACCUUGGUAAAACGAUCAAAGAAAACAAGUCGAGAUCAUGUGUUCUUAUUUACAUUGGAUUAUUACGGGAUAAAAAGAAAUGCUUUAUUAUUUUGUUUUCAUUUCAUUUAUUUAUUUCUGCCGCUAAAAUUUAUAACUUCGAGGAAUCCAUCUCCAUUGGUUAUUGUGUCUAGUUACAUAUUUUGCUUUUGUUGUUUACACUUUUAGUUUUUUCGAUCAAGUCAGUGUGUGUGAAGUUCCAGGUGGGGUACCACCAUAAAUUUCGGAUAGAUGUUUGUCUCCUAGGGCCUGAAGUACUGACCCUGUUUGAGGAUGAGAGAAACGAAAACUGAUACCUUAUUUAAGGGCGUGUCUCCGUAAAACCGACCAGUGAUUUCGGAUCAAAAAAUUAAUUUUCCUUGUAUUCUAGGACAUUAAAGUCUUUACCUAAUUAGUUACAAAAAUGUAUUUUGUUUGACCGGAAAUGCGAAAUAAUUUUUUACGAAUUUUUGAAUUUUCGGCCUGGUGGCACCGCGCCAUAGCCUUUGAAACUGCAAAACUUGCCUACAUUGCCGGCGCUACAGAAAACAAACAACUCGUUCAAGAAGCCCGAUUUUCUUUUUAAUAUACGGAUACACCACCCGAAUUAUUUAUUCAUUUUAACGGCAUGAAUCUUUUUCCUUGCACGUGUUAUCAGUCUGCCAUCAAAACCAAAAAUAGCGCAACUUUGAGGGCAGUUUAAAAAAGUGUGGCACCUGUCUGAACGUUGCUAUCUGUAUUAAUACAAACUAGAAAUGAUAGUAAAACGUAAAAAGGAAUAAAAUUUUUGUGCUUUUCACGUUUUCGAAUAUGAGCACCGUUUGAAUUUCCAGAAAUUUCGAAGACAAGAUAAUCAACGAACACUUGCCUUGUUAUUCUCCUCUUUUAACUUCGCUGUUUGUAAUGUCCUUCUUGGUUUGUAGAGCCGGGAUACUAUUGUGCCUUAAGCAAUCGCUUUUAGUAAAAUAUUGGUUUUCUUAUCAUUUGUCCUCCAAGGGAGUUUUUUGUUCUGUUUGUGAUAAAAGUAAUGGCACUCGUUGCUGGUCGCGAGCGUAAAACGGUUGUUUCGUGACAUUCAAAUUUUUCCCGCUAUUUGUUAGAGGUAAUUGCCUUUGAAUCGCCAUACAUCGAUAAAUUUGCUUCUUCAGUUUAACGUAGAUGCAUUGAAAAAAUUGGUUCAACACAUUUUAGAGAAGAAAAUUGAGAAUCCACUAAAACGCUACCAAGAGAGAAUGAGGUGACGCUACAAAAGUUCGUUCCAGGCCCCACUGUUUUUCGAAAAAUCAUUGGACAAGAUUAAGACGUCGAGGAUUUUUUAAAAACGUUUCUACGUGAUUAUGUAUAGGUAAUGAAACCCAAUAAAACCAAUAAAAAAGUGUACAGCUCUUUAAAAUGAUUCACAAGGGCAAGGGCUAACGUACCUGGGCCGUCGCCACGAAACGCGAACUCUUGCCCUCUUUACUUACCACAUAAUUAUGCAUUCGAAGAGCUCAUGUAGCUUUUGUAGCUUUUCCAUCGGGUAGCGGUGAGCAUUAAGAUUAAGAACCUGGGUCUUAAGUUUCCUUGUUAGCGCAUAUUUUUGUGCCUACAAAAGAACAAGCAAGUCACUGGAAGGACUUUUGUUGUUUCGAUCUGACCAUGGAGCGCAUGAUCUAAAUCGUUGAUCCCCAGCGUUUGGCCCUAUUACUUCAGCAAUGCAUAUUUCUUUUUCCAUGUCUGUUCCCUGAUUCAUUCUGUUCCAUCUCGUUGCUGUUCUAAUCUAAGUAAUGACGACCUAAUUUCUUAGAAGCCAGGUCUGAAAACAGGUAUGGAUUUAAGAGGCCAGGCCUGAAAAACGGUGUCAAACUAAAAUGACCUUUUUUGGCCUGAAAAAGGGUCCGGGCGGCACAUCCCCAACAAGAAUUCCCAGGAGUACCUCCUGAGAUAACAUGUACUUCCGCGCUAAUGCGGAUCACCACUAAAAAGGUUCACUUCAUUCUAUGCGUAUUUACGACAGACAUGCCAGUGACUGCAGACUGUGGCUCAAUCCAGGUGCGACGGGUAUACCAUGGGUAGUGUCGAAGCAAUGAUGUGCAUAAGGCUUCAAAAUUAUUUGUAAUACCAAUUACCGAUUGAAUAGAAAUUUUUGUAAUGCUACAAUACAUUGUCUCUUCAUCUGUUCUUCUGUACAUUUGCUCCCUGAGUAAUUUCCUCUGGCCAAUUGCAAUGCUUGUUUUCCUCAAAUUUUUGUUUUUGCGUCUUGACCGAAGUACUGCAAAUAGCUGUAUCACGACAAUGAUGAGCUUGACUUUCGACUCAUAUCGACUAAUAGCAGAGCCCGGUACUUUUUCGGACCAACACAAUCGCGACUUUCACUGAUUAUGACGGGUUGAUUGACAAAUGGCAAAAUAAACUCAAAACAGUCUUAUUCCCUAGUAGGAUUCGAGGUCUCGAAAAAUACUUUUAGAGUAAAAAUUGAUUUUAACAAGUAAAAUUGUCAAAUUUCCGCGUUGUUACCUGAGUCACGUUCAUCUUCUCUACUAAAAGCGAAAUGUCUAUUAAUAUUAAAUUGACUUUCAAGAAUACUAGAAAUCUGGAUGCAGAAAAAAUAAAUAGUUUGUAAAAACCUUCCGUGCACAUUUUACAUAAAGCAAAAAUCCAGAACUACUUUACAAAAUAAACUAGCCUGCGUAGAAUGGCGGUCUUGUCGCGCGAAGCUCGUACGAACGAGCAUUGCUUCCGCCCCAAUCUCCUCGUGGUUUCACAGCCCUCGCCCGCCUUAUAAGCUUGUACUGCGCGCCAGACCAAAACUACGCAGGCUAAUAAUAUCACCGGAAAAAUCAAACACUUAAUGGAGCAAUUCCUUUUAAAGGUUUUAAGGAAAACGUUCAAGAGUUAUUCUCUCGACCUUCUCUUUAUGUAAAAUUGGAUGUACAGUUUCUUAGACAACCCAGUCGGCACAGGUUAUCGCCUCCUGAUCAGCAUUAAGAACACUAUGACAUUUACUAUGACUUGAAGAGUAGUUUUGUUUUCAACUGAAAGGUAAAAAGCUAAGUCCGUACCUCUAGACUACGAGUAGUCCCCCAUUUUUCCUCAUGGAUAGUAGAGCGAACGAAACGCGAGCGGACGUGAAUUUUUCUCUCUCCCCUCCGCGUGUCGCCUUUUCUCGCGUGGGUGAUUUUCACGCGCGCUCGCGUCUCGCUCACUCUCCUAUCCCUGAGGAAAAACGAAGGACUACUCGUAGUCUACCGUACCUCGAAAGAGACAUGACUAUCUUCGAACCAAACCUGAGCCCUACACCCACCCUUCUAAACACAGCUACUUAAAGCUACACGGAAAGGAGAGAAGUAGAAAAAGGGAUUGGAGGUCACAUUUGGGGAUCAGCCUUUAGACUUCUACCAUAGAAGGCCGCGCAAUAACCAACUGUACCAAUCCUUUCUCCUCAAAAGCAAGUGAAAACGCAAAGUAGCGCAGUAGAAAGCCUACUGGACCGAGUGGGACUUGUGUUUCCAAAAAUUGAGUGAUGUUAUAUGAUCAUUUUUUAGCUUUUCCUUGCUCCUAAAAAAAAAGAUGUUGACACGUCCUUAAAGGGCGACAGUUUCGAGCCAGUUGCAGCCCAAAUAAUGAUCAAUUAUGUCUCACACAUACGAACAGACCCGCCCUGACGAAUAUCAGUUUGUAUUUUAAGUGGUUCGUUAUAUCUUUUCUUUCUUUCUACAACGUACAUACUGAAUAUGUCUAAACUCGAAAAUCUCUACCAAUAGAUUUUCCCAAGGCCACAGCAGACAGUCGGUCUGUACACUCCUUCGCUAUGGUAAAAAAAAAAAAAAAAACAACAACAACAACAGCUCGUUAUUAAGGACAGUUUGCUUUGUCCCAGGGGAAAGAAAACCCUUACAUUUUCUGUAAAUUCACCCCAAAAUGGCCGUAAGAUCUUUAUUUUGCGUUAAAGAUACAAAAAUAAAGGUUUAUUAAUAUUUAACUCUUUGAAACAAAAGGAAUAAAUUUUUAACAUUUUUGUUAACCGUAACUGAAAAAAAUUAACCGAUAGCCGUAAAAGAGCCAAAAUUUUAGCCGAAAGAUGUAAAAGCCACCACCCCAUUGAGACCCUCUUGUCCACGAGGACUGGGCAUGAAAUACAAAGUCACGCAUACAACUACGCAUACGUAUUUCAAAUAGAUAACUGGGCUAAAUUGCUUUCUUAGCGUCUUAUCGCGUCACAUUUGCAAAGAAAUUAGUUUUAUUUGCCCAGGAAAUUUUACUGCCAUAUCUUGAGGAGUCGAUCCUAAAGAAAAACUAUUUUUAGCAAAGACCUUGAGGUCGGGUGUCACAAACCAGUCAAACUCGCGGAUACGACCAUUUUAUAAACCAGAUAACAUCGCAACAAAACAAGUAUAAACACGGAAUCAACGGCCAAUAUAAUUUCAGACGAUUAAGAAAUAACCUUAAAAUGAAAAAGAACUAAGGUGAGAUCCAUCAAGCCAUCAAGUGAAGUUGACUUUCACGAGCAAAGCACAAGGCAAGUGUUCGUUAAUUAUCAGGUGUUCAAAAUUUCUGGAAAUUCAAACGGCGGUCAUAUUCGAAAACGUAAAAAAAAAAUUAUUCCUUUUUAGGUUUGCUACCAUUUCUAGUUUGUAUAAAAUGCAUAUAGCAACGUUCAGACGGGUGCCACACUUUUUUAAACUCCCCUCAAAGUUGAGCUAUUUUCGUGUUUUGAUGGAAGGCUGAUGACACGUGCCAGGAAAAAGAUUCGUGCCGUUAAAAUGAAUAAACAAUUCGGAACUGUGAUAUGGCUAGGACAUCUGGAGUGGUGUAUCCGUAUACAUGUAUUAAAAAGAAAAUCGGGCUUCUUGAACGAGUUGUUUGUUUUCUGUAGCGCCGGCAAUGUAGGCGAUUUUUGCAGUUUCAAAGGCUAUAUUGCGUCGGUGCCAAGCGGCCGAAAACUCAAAAAUUCGUAAAAAAAUUAUAUUUCGCAUUUUCGGUCAAACAAAAUUCGUUUUUGUAACUAAUUAUGUAAAGACUUUAAUAUCCCAGAAUAUAAGGAGAAUUAAUUUUUUGAUCCGAAAUCACUGGUCGGUUCUUACGGAGACGCGCUCUUAAGGCGCACCCCUACAAAAUGAGACCCAAUUCAAGGAAAAAAAAACAUAAACCAAGAAUUUAAAGGCAACACAUACCCUGCGUGAUCAGAAGGCGUAAAUCAAUUGUCAGUCACACGCGAAGAAAAGAGCGUGAGUAAGGAAACGUCGAAAAAGUCUUCAAUAAGUCGCUUUCAUGAUACUCUAAGGUCCAGCUAACGGACCAUUUUUUUUUUCUCGUGUAGCUGGACAUUUAUACCUGUAGACUCUUGAGUGUUAACCAAUUGAUAACGGCGGGAACACAACACUAACAAGGGAAAAAUUGAUUCAGUAUGGAAGAAUAAGACCCUCAAAUACCAUACUUUUUCGGGCGUCACAUACCUAUCUAGCCAAAAUAUGGGAGUACCCCACUCCUCCCCCCUCCCAACCCUCCAAGGAGUCAAGUUGAAGUUUAGUAAAUUGAAUCUAGUCUAAUACCUACUGCAGCUAUAAUCAUUUCUGCACAAAACAGGUAUCAAACUUGUUAUGAUCCCGGAAUCGGUUCAAUAAGGCCCUGUUGAGGAGGGAGAGGGGAGGGGGAGGGGGUUCUUAUCCCUUAUCCUUGUAAAUUUAAUAGGAGAUAUCCCUUAUCCCUAAACGUAGUAAGAACGUUACUACUAAAAGUCAGGGAACACGCAGGGGGAGGUGCUGGGGGAAAAACUUGCCCUUUCCCCCGCACUUUUUGUGGGAAAGAAAAAAAAAAUGUUUGCCUCAAAUUUUUGUAGUUACAUUCAUGUUAAAAAUAAAGAAGGUAUAACUGUAGCUGAAAAGAUGCAAUAGUCAUUGUGAUUAUCACACGCCAUGUCUGAAAACCAGCUUGCUGAGCCAUUUACCGUGUUUAAAUAAAGUUGAUUGAUUGAUUGAUUGAUUGAUUGAUUGAUUGUUAUGGCAUUGCAAGGGCUCGAUUAAUCCGUUUCCAGAGGCGACUUUUUACGCGUGUAAACCAGCGGCGAUUUCACAAAGACUCUUCUCGAGUGCUAACAAAAACACAAUAACCAAGCAGCCGUUCUCUCGUGGGUUUUGCGAAUAUAGUAAAAUGGGUUUUCUUGGCGGCAAAGAUAUUCCCACCUUAUUAUCCAGCUUGCGAUCCUAUAACCAAUAAAAGUAAAGGGGAGAAAAAUAAGUGUAGAUCAUAAUUAAUGUAGAACCAUGAUGAACUUUCAUUACUCCCUAAAACAAUUCAAUUAUCCCCAAAAUUAUUUUCUCAAUUAUCCCUUACUGGUUCCCUUUUCCCUAAGGAAAAGGUCUGAAAGGUUAGUCAUCAGAUGUCAAUGCAAAUAAGAAAUGCAUUAUCAUUGGCGUAUAUCAUACAUCAUCUCUGUAUACCUGUCUUUAAAGACUAUGUCCAUUUUCAUAACUAACUGUAAGGAAUAGCAAUACAAUAAACAAAGGGAGGAAAAUAAGAAAAAAAAGGAAAGUUGAAAAAAAGGUGUGAUUCCAUUUCACUCAUGGUUCUUAUUAAAUUUGUUUUGUUUUAGUUUAUGAUAAUUCUUUUAAAGUCAAGAAUAAAAAUAAAUAAAUAAAUAAAUUCAAAAUAAGGAAAAUACACUACAGAGUAACUACACCACAGUGUUUACUCAAAAGUUAAUACUUACGUUUUGUUGGUUUGUUAGAUUCCAGUGGUGGCUGGAGCUUCACUCGCAAGGCGUUUAUUUUUUCAAUCAGCAAUAAAGAAGAACUGGAUCCCUUUGUAAGUGAGGUGAGGAGGCCAAACUUAGCAAUUUACGGGGGGUCAUGGUCUGGUCCAAGGUUUGGUUAUGAUGACAUCUACAUUGCUAAUAAUGCCAACAGUAACAGCUACUCAUGGGCACUCCCUGUCUGGUCCUACCCUGUUCCUGCUGCAGUGCAGGACCCGGGCACAAUCCUGGCCGGGACUAUGUCCUUCUCACCUGAUGAGGUGGAGGUAUUUUAUCUUGACCCUACUCAAUAA